UUGAGAACCAUCCCAGCAACCUGACCACAGCUGGUCUUCCUUCGACACCAUGAACCACACUUUCCAAACCUUCUUCACUCCUGCCAACAGCAGCCGCUCCUGCAAUUAUGAGAUGCUCAAGGAGGAGCAUGAGGUGGCUGUGGUGGGGGCACCCCACAACUCUGCUCCCCCAAUGUCCACCAUGAUCCACUUCAGCAGUGAGACCUCUGUGCCCGACCAUGUUGUCUGGUCGCUGUUCAACACCCUCUUCAUGAACUCCAGCUGCCUGGGCUUCAUAGCAUUUGCCUACUCCAUGACGUCUAGGGACAGGAAGAUUGUUGGUGACCUGACCAGGGCCCAGGCCUAUGCCUCCACUGCCAAGUGCCUGAACAUCUGGGCCCUGAUUGUGGGCAUUGUCAUGACCGUUCUGCUCAUCAUCAUCCCGGUGUUGAUCUUCCAAGUCUAUUGAUAGAUCAGGAGGCAUCAUCCAGAACAGGGGCUCUGCCCGUGACCUAUACCCCAUGCACUC